AUGUCGAAAAAUUCAGAUAUGUCGGAAAUUCUUGAUAAAAAUUUAGAAGAUAUUGAAAUUCAGGAAGUCCUUAAGAAUGGAACUGAUCUGAGAGAAUAUGCUUUACAAAUUGACAAAAGUAUUAAGGAAGCUGAGAAAGCAUCAGUGGCAGAUUAUUUAAAAGAAAGUGAGAAUAUUGGUUCCCUUCAUAACCAGAUUGAAGAAUGUGAUGGUAUUCUUGAAAGAAUGGAAAACAUGUUGUUAGUUUUUCAGAAUGAUUUAGGAAGUAUCAGUAAUGAAAUUAUUAGUUUACAAAAACGUUCAGUAAAUAUGUCUAUACAACUGACAAAUAGACAAGGUUUGAAGGGUCCUUUAUCAUCAUUUAUUGAAGACAUAGCUGUAUCGGAAACUUUAAUUUUUGGAAUAAACAAUCUACCAAUAACUGAUAAAGAAUUUAUGAUUCAACUGGCCAUUUUAAACCAGAAACUUAAUUUUGUCAAGGAACAGGAUUUCAAAGAAACAAAAGCAUGUCAUGAUGUGAAAGAUGUCCUGGAAAAACUUAAAAUUAAAUCUAUAGCUAAGAUAAGGACGUAUAUUUUAGAGCAGAUUUAUAAAUUUCGUAAACCAAUGGCAAAUUAUCAAAUACCUCAAAAUGCAAUGCUUAAGUAUAAGUUUUUCUUUGAGUUUGUGUUGGCAAAUGAGAGAAAUGUGGCUCAAGAAAUAUGUAAUGAAUAUAUUGAUACCUUGAGUAAAGUAUACUAUUCUUAUUUCAAAUCAUAUGCUUCACGGUUGGAUAAGUUGAAAUAUGAGGAAGUACCAACUAAAGAUGAUCUGAUGGGAAUUGAAGAUGGAUCUAAAGGAGGAUUUUUCCAAAAGUCUAAUCUUAAGAACAAAAGUACUAUAUUCACAAUAGGUAACCGUGGAGAUGUUUUGGCUCAACAGUUGGAGGCCCCUAUCAUUGUGCCUCAUGUUCAACAAAAAACAAAGUAUUCUUAUGAAGCACUUUUUCGAAGCCUUCAAUAUGCACUGGUAGAUAACAGCUGUAGAGAAUAUUUAUUUACCACUGAAUUCUUUCAUGUCAAGGGUAGUCAUGCUCAAGAAUUGUUUGAUCGAAUUCUUGGUAAAACUUUGUCUUUGCUUGUGAAAAAUGUUGAAAGCUAUGUUGUGGAAUGCUUUGACUGUUUGGCCCUAUUCCUUUGCAUCCAACUUAUAAAUAGAUACAGAUGGAUGUGCCACAAACGAGCUGUUGCUGCUUUGGACAGUUAUUGGGAUUCCUUACUAUCCACAUUCUGGCCUCGUCUCGAAUAUGUAUUAAAAUUAAACAUCCAAAGUGUACGCGAGUGUGACCCGGGUAAAUUGGCGAAUAAGGAACUCGGACCUCAUUAUAUCACACGCAGAUAUGCUGAAUUUUCAGCAGCAAUGCUCAGUUUGAGCGAACAGUUCCCGUCACAGGAACUAAGCAAUCUUCUUCUAGUGCUCCAAGAUGAAGUCCAUUGCUUCCUUUUAAAAAUGGCCGCCGAAUUCGCUCAAAGAAUUCAGCAAUUAAUAUUCUUGAUCAAUAACUACGAUAUGGUGUUAAGCAUUCUCAUGGAAAGGACAAGGGAUAAUACUAAAGAAGCGGAAAGUUUCCGAGAGCAAUUGCAAGCUCGAAGUUCAGAAUAUGUUGAAGAGAUUUUGAGUCCUCAUUUCGGGGGUUUGAUGCAGUUUGUAAAGGAAGGCGAACAACUCUUAGAGCAAGACAAGAAAAACGAAUUAGCUGGUUUAGAGAAGAAAUCGUUAAGUCUGGUCUCCUCGUUUUCGUCAAGUUGGAAGCAGAGUCUUGAAGAGAUACACCGAGAAGUGCUUGUGUCAUUUCCAAAUUUGGUGACCGGGUCGGGAUUACUGCAAAUGGCGUUGACAAACUUUGUGCAAUAUUAUCAGAAAUUUAAUAAACUCCUCACGCCAAAUGCGCGGACGCAACUUGUUAAUAUUCAUGUUAUUAUGGUAGAGAUUAAGAAAUAUAAGACCAACUUUUAA